GCUCGGCGAGCGCGUCUCGGCCGUGCGAUCGGCGGAGGCUGGAUCUGACGGCAAGGAAGCUGCCAGCGAGGCCGCCGCGCGUAGCAAAUACGUGGAGCGGCCUUGGCUGCUCCUGCUUCAUUCGAGCGCUGCGCCUACCGCGACCAACCUGACCGGCCAGCCGCCCCGCCGUCGUCGCCUCUGCCGCCGCGAUUUGUCCGGCGGGAUUGCACGAGGAAGAAAGGGAGAGAGAUGAGGAGCAGCGAGGCCAUGGAGCUCCUGGGCUUCGCUCCCUACUCCCGCCCGUCCCCUUCCGAGGUUAAGGCUGCGUAUAGAAGAAUGGUCAUGGAGUCCCAUCCCGAUCGCGUCCCGAUGGAUCAGAAGCCUCAAGCCGAGUCAAAAUUCAAGCAGGUAGUAGAAGCAUAUUCUUGUUUGAAGGAUGGUCGAAGAUUUGGGAACAGAAUGGAAGUGCAUGUAAUGAGGUCUGGUGUUCCAACGGGAUACAGAAGAUCAAACAAGAUAUUGGUUAAAGCCCCCUUUCUGCUCAUAAUUUGUGCCGCAGUUUCCUUUGGUUCCUACAGCGCUUCGAGGGCAUACCAGCGGCAAAAGGAUGUGUGUUCCUCUCAGAACCCUUUUCUUCCAUAAUGGAAACUCAUUGUACUGUCGAUAUCCAUAUAAGCUAAUAGAAGAGAAGAUCUGUGUGUUGCAAUUUGAGAUGCAAAACAAUCUCUCCACUGAAUAAAGGCACCAAUCACUGUUUGUGAUUUCAAAGAAAAGACACAUGCUUUGUAGAUGUUCAGUUUAGCUCUAGGGAGCAUAUGCUCCUGCGCGCCGCUUCCCUGAACGUUUUGUCCAGUGGACAAAAGAUGUCGUUAGUAAUGGAAAGGUUGCCAUCACUAUUAAUGAUGUUAUUGGCCCGUAUUUUGUUACCAGGAAGGGUUUGAGGCAAGGGGAUCCGUUUUCCCCCUUGUUUUCAAUUUGGCGGCUGAUGUUCUUGCUACCCUGGUGCAAAGGGCGCAAGAACAAGGAUUUAUCAAGGGAGUGUUGCCUAGGUUGUAUUCAGGAGGUCUAAAUAUUUUGCAAUAUGCGGACGAUACUAUUUUCUGUUUUGAAGAUGACCUUGAGGGGGCUAGGAACCUCAAAAUUGUUAGAGUUAUAAUAUAAGUCAUGUACCCCUUUGUAUUUAUCCCGUUGUAUAAGGGGUUUCCUGCAUAUGUUCCACACCUGUACAUGUAUAUAUAUAUCGGCCUAUGGCCUCAUGGGAAUACAAGUUGCAUAUUCCUAACA